GCUCACCUCGUUGCCAGCUGGAGACACCCUUGCUCCUUGCUCCUUGCUCCAAGUUUGCUGGCUCUACCCUGAUAUAUCCACCUAUGCCUAUUAGAUACUAGAUCAGCAACAUCAGACACCACCACCCUAGGAGGUAAUCUGUCAGCAUGCCCCCCAUCCGCCGAUACCUCCGCAUCAGCAAGUACACGGUCCUGGAAUGCCGAAUCUACCUCGAGAACCCCUCGGACACGCGAUGGCUUCUGGACCCCCGUGAUCGCAUCCUCCCUCGCAUCUUCGCCGCCAUUCGCCCUCUCGUGCUGCCUAAGCUCCGCGAGGAAAACGAGAGACUCCUUUCGCGGAAGAAGGGCAAGCCCGUCAAGGAUGUGAUCGCAGAAGAUGACUUCGAAGUAGCGCUGUUUCUCCGCGAAUCGCGGACCCGUCAUUCCCUCUUGACCCGCCACAAGGAGUUCGACGGCCCGGAUGCCGCCUCCGAUUCACGACGGGCGGGAACGGUCGAUGGCCACGGCGGUGCCGCCGAGUCCGGCAUCAUGGUUGAAAGCGACGAUGAGGAACUGGAUCUGAAUGCUAUCCCUCGCGCUACAGAGCAGAUAGCCGAAGAAGAAGAAGAAGAAGAAGAAGAAGAGGAAGACGUUCGUGGGAAACGCCAACGAGGGCCCGAAUUGGAGGAACCCCCCCGCUUGCGAGCGUCCAAGCGGAAGAAGAACGAGGAGGAGCCCAACGAAGAUAAAAAGAUGCGUUUCCAAACGAACUACGAAGGUUUUAAUAUCUACGGUUGGACGUUGUGUCUGCUGGUCACACGCAAAGGCGACCGGGUGUCGGCCCGACCGACGCAGUCAGAGUCCUCUCGCCAGGUUCUGAUGGAGGAGUGGAUUUCGACGCAGGCGCAGGCCGAUUUGGAUGAGGAGUGAGGUCCAAGCAGAAUGGGACAUGUGUUGCGACCUGCUUAAUUUAAGGCUCGAAACCUUUGUGCGACCCCAAGCCAAGUCAGCUGCUGUCUUCCCGCCUCCCGUCAUACAGUGCAAGACUAGGAAACUGGUUUCGUCGCAGCGGUUUUCGAAAGAACGCCGCAGCCACAAAAUACAGCCCCGAUCGAUCACCCCCUGGACUAUAUCCAAUAACACCGCAGUGCAACAUGCGCAGCCAAAAAUAGAGGGGGGAAAAUCACCGCUCGGAAACACGCCACCAUCGCGCCCAUACGGCAAAUAUCCGGGCAUUUCCAUGCUCGUGGAUGCUACACAACCGCUAACCGACGGGUCGCACCACCCACUGC